CCGAAGUACAAAUACUAACUGCCGGUACCAUUUUCUUUUCCAAGACCCUACAAGUCCUCAAGUCAACGAAAACAUGUCUGAUCAUCUCCCUGAAGUAAUAGUGACUGAAAUCUUGAAGAGACUCCCAGUGAAAGCUCUAGUGAAAUCAACAAGUGUUUGCAAAUCAUGGUAUUCUCUAAUUACAAACCCUAAUUUCAUUGCUCUUCACUUAUCUCACACCACUGCACCCAACAAAACCUACUCACUUCUCAGGAAGAGCUCUGAUGUUAUUGAAUAUUCUAAUGCACAGCAAUUUAUUUUGCACAGUGAUAAUGAUUCAUUUAGUGAGCAUGAAAAAUUGGAUUUAAGCUAUCUUAAUGUCACAUCUGAUACCCCUGGAACACAUUUAGUAAAGAUUGUGGGUUUAUGUGAUGGCUUGUUUUGUUUAUUUGAUAAAAAUUUGACUCGCCUGAUCGUAUGGAACCCGGCAAUUAGAGUGUUUAUUACAACAUCUUUACGUGGGCGUUACAAAGCUAAAUUCUUUUUAUUGGGUUUUGGGUUUGAUAGCAACAAAAAUGACUAUAAAGUUGUAAGGAUUGUUUACAACUAUGCUGGUGUGGGUCCUUUAACAGAACUUGUCCAACCAUUUGUUGAGAUAUUUGAACUGAAGUCCAAUGCUUGGAAAACCGUUGCUGUUGAGAAUUUAAGUUAUGCUCUUUACGAUUCUGGAUCUUAUGCUUAUUUGAAUGGUUAUGCUCAUUGGUUUGCACAAAAAGAACAGGGCAGAAAGUUAACUGUAGCAUCGUUUGAUUUGAGCAACGAAGCAUUUGGCGAGUUGAUGCUCCCUCAUUCUUUGGCUGAAUUAAGUCACCUUAAACUCUCUUUAAUAGUCUACCGCCAGUCAUUAGCUGUGGUUUAUCCUGAAGACCCAAAGUUUGAUAAUAACUCUUACCAUUGUGAAAAGUAUUCGAUUUGGGUGAUGCAGGAAUAUGGUGCACAUGAAUCUUGGUCUAAACUAUUUAACAUAGAUUUAGAAAAUCGUGGAGGUUUUAGGUCAGUGCUAGGCUUUCAAGGGAAUGGCGGCAUUCUGGUUGAGAAUUUCAACCGUAAGAUGGCUUCCUAUGAUCCUGAGACGCAAAGGGUUACCCCUCUUGAAGUUGAUGGGUUUUACUUCAAAGUGCAUUCUAAUUAUAUGGAAAGCCUUGUUUUGCUCAUGGGAAAUCGAAACUAAAAGAACUAAGGAAAAUUAAAUACAAUCAACAGACAAGCUCGAGAUACAAUUCUAUAUGGUUGCACAUCAAAGGGCUACUAUUUUAUGUCAGGAUGGAAGUAUUUGCUAUUUAAAUUAUUUACAAUGUGGUGAGUAUUGCCUAAAUUUGCUAUUGAUGAUUAAAAAAAUAAAAAAAGGUUAAUUACUAUUACCCCCAAGAAGUUUUGUCCGAAGUAUUGUUUUUCCCAUGAAUUUUUAAAAAUAUUGAGUACUUCAACUAAAACCCCUUUUUCGUAAAAUUGAAGGGAAAUAAUGAUCUUCUAAAAUUGAGGGGGAAACAAUAUUUCAGAUAUAAACUCAUGGAGGUAAUAGUAAUAAACAAAAAAAGAGAGUGUAUUUGUUAUUGGUGAGGGUGAAUUUGUUAUAUAAGGAUGUAUUUGUUUAAUGCAAUACUAUAUAAGGAUGUAUUUGUUAUAUGUAAAAGUGUGUUUGUUAUAUGUAAAAGUGUGUUUGUUAUAAAUAAAGUGUGUAUUUGUUAUAUACAAUUUGUUGUAUUUUAA